AUGAUCCGCAGCACUCGUCCGUGGCGGCCUGGGUGUGCAGCUGCUGAUACGUUCAAGCGGUUUGUGGUGCCAAAUGCGCCCGCACGCGCUGUUGUUCCGGUCAAGCGACCGUUUACCGCGACUGCACACAAACUCGGUGCCGAGUCGCUCAUGUCCCAGAUUGUGACUGCGUACGCAUUUGCUGCAAAGCCGCGCGAGACGCCGGAGCAGAGCGGUGAAGAUAAAAAUGUACCGCUGGAGAAAGAGCUCAUCGGCAAGAUUGAUCCCGAAAGCGAGCUUGGCAAAUGGCGCGCCGAUCUUUUGGAGGGUGGUGACGCCGGCGAAGACGCGCUGAUGAUUUCCAAGUCCAGUAGCUGCGAGUCUGUGAUGAUGGGUGUGGCAGAUGGUGUCGGAGGUUGGACAGAGUCUGGCAUCGACCCGUCGCACUUUUCAAACGCACUCUUGUACUAUGCGACGCAAUACGUCGAAAAACAAGCGUCGUUUCCUUCGCCCAAGGCUGUGCUCGAGCAUGCUUUUGCACGGGUUACUCAGGAUGCAUUGGUCACUGCGGGCAGCUCGACCGUGUGUCUAUUGACAUUGGAUGCGCUAAAAGGCAAGCUGUACAGCGCCAACAUUGGCGACUCUGGGUACGUUCAUCUGCGUCCAAACGAGGAACCCGAGGGGCGACUUGAGGUGGUCGGCCAGUCGCCUGCGCAGCUGUACGGAUUCAACACGCCCUACCAACUUGCAAAAGUCCCCGAGGAAAUGCGCGGGCCGGGGUCCCUCUCAAAUACACCGCAAGAUGCGCUCGUGGAGGAAGAGGAGCUCAAGGCUGGCGAUAUGGUACUGGUGAUGACCGACGGGUUCCUAGAUAAUGUACAUUGCAAGCUUCCUCCAAAGGAGGCACUUACACACGAUGCUCCACAGCGUCCCGAACUCUUGCAGCUGCUCGAUAUGCUGCAGGAUAAACACAGGGAGCAUUGGGCAACACGCAAGCACCCAUCGACGGUGUUGGAAGAGAAGCAAGACUUUACCAAUAUCGUUGCUUCCACAUUGAUGCAGUACGCCCGCCUGUGUCAGUCGACGGAGGAAAAGGUGAGUCCAUUCCAGCUAGAUGCGGCGCGCUAUGGUAUUUAUUAUCCCGGCGGCAAGGUGGACGAUAUUGCGCUUGUGUGUGCUACCGUGGUAUAA